AUGACCUGGCAAGGUUCCGUUUACCAAAUUGACUUUUCCGUCGCGGAUGCUGGAAAGCGUGUGGCUAGCACAAAGCGGCGCAUUCGAUGGCGCUUUGGAUUCCCCAAUCCUUCCGCUUUGGAGCAAGGUGCAACUGGUACCGAAUGCCGUGGUGAAGAACAUGACAUUGUUGUCGUUUGGUCCAUUACUUCGGGAAAGCGUCAAAUCUCAAUGGAUACCAGAGAGGUUCAUUACUCCCACAAUCGUGCUGGCCUCUUGGAUCACACUUGGACAACCAAAGGAAAUCACGUCAUUAAGGUUAUCUGUAACGCGUCUCCUCCCUUGUCUUCCUCGCCUGGAUUUCGUCAAUACGACCUUCUCGUGGAUGGACAAUCCUUUUUCACCAUGCCUAAGGUUUACGAAUUGGGAUUGAAGGGUCCUUCUAACUCUUAUUCUGGACGCGGUAACGGCAGGAGUGCGCCUCCACGCGGUGAUUUGGCAAGGGCAGCUCCAACUACUCGAACCCAGGAAGAAGAGGAUCUCAAGAGAGCCAUUCAGGCGUCAUUGGAUGAAAGUCGGGCGCAUUUGGGAGAACACGCACCACACCAGUCGGCCUCAGUUGCUGGUGCGGAUUUGUUGGGCUUUAGCGAACCUGCAAUGGCUCCUGCUCCACCACCAAUGGAUUCCAAAUCGGUUGCCAGCUUUUACAGUGCACCACCCAUCAACUACAAUUCCAAUCCAGCUCCAUACCAAUCCCCACCACCAUUGCGAACAGCCAACCCAGUCGGUUCACCUGCCAUUCCGCCAAAUCCAGGAGCUUUGGUGCCUGCUGUGGCUCCACAAGGAUACUAUGGAGCUCCACCUCCGCCAUCGACACCACAAUAUGCGGCCCCACCUUCUUUUGCUUCCCCACCGGCAACUGCUCCUCCUCAAUAUGCGGCCCCACCACCUCAACAGCAGCAAUAUGGGGCUCCACCGCCUCAACAGCAGCAAUACGCAGCACCUCCUCCUCAACAGCAGUAUGGGGCUCCUCCAUCCAACAACUUGAUGAAUGCCCAAGUUCAAUCCAAUGACAUUUUUGGCUUGAACUCGGCGCCAGGGGAUGAUCCAUUUGCACCCAAGGCUCCAGGUCCACCCACCCACAAUGAUUUGGCCAACAUGGUGUUGAAUGCCUAUGCUCCUCAACCUCAAACUCCAGGAGCCGCACCAAUGCAAAAUGGACAUUAUGGACCCAAUGGCGGAGUGCCCAACGGGACUUCUCAUCCUGGUACUACAUUGACCAUGAAUCCCAUGGCUCCAGAAGAAGAGGCACCAGCAAAUGACGUGGAUGCUGUUCUGAAGAAAUUGGUCAAUAUCGAUCGCAUCGAUGAACAACCUGAUUACGGACGAAAAUUGACCAUGAUCAAGGAUGAGGAAAAGAAGAAGAAGACUAAGAACGGAAAGAGUGUUCCUCUUCCUCCUGUUGGAUCUGGAAUGAUUGGACAAAAUGCUUCUCUUCAACAAAUUUCGACUGUCAAGGAUACCAACAAACCUGUUCCACAAGGUGUCAUGUCAGCCCCACCACCGGGUGUCUUUUCGCCAGGAGCUGCCCAUGGCGGAGCUCUUGUGGUCCAUGGUCAAGGACCACCUCCACUUCAACAAGCUCGGGGAUUUGGAUUGGGAGCCCAACUGCCGAAUGGAGGCUUUGGACAACAGCAACAACAACAACAAGCACCCAAUGCUUACCAACAACCAGCACAACAACAACGAUAUUACUAA